AUGGAUAUUAUACAUGAUAUUCCCAAAGAGGUUGUGAGCGAUAUUGCACAUAUUGAUGUUGUCCCGAUGGAGGAAAAGGAUAAAAUAGAAAGUGAGGCAAUUGAUGAUAUGUGUAAAUUGCUUAGUGGAGGGUCCAAAACAAAGGAGAUGGAGUGCGAAGAAAAUUCUUCUUUUGAAAUAAAGAGCAUCAAUAGCUUCGACAAGAUUGAGAUGAAACUUCAGGCACAAGAGUAUGAAAAGCAACAAGGAAAAUAUUUUGAGAAGUUUUUUAAGUCAGUUGUAGAUCCACAUGCCGUCAGUCACAUAAACAUGGUGUGGGAAAGAUUUAUUCAAAAGUUUAAUUCAGAGAAGCCCUAG